CCUUACCUUGCCUGCCUGAACUUGUGAUCUCUCUCUCCUUCAAGCGCUUAAAGGCGCAUUUCCAUUUCUCUCUUCACUUAACAGCUUUCGUUUUCUUUGGUUAGCGUUCGUUCCUCUAAUGCUUCAUUCUCUCUUGACUCAAUCCAACAGAGUUAUCAAGAUUUUCUCCCAUUUCGGAUUUUUAUCGUUUUAUCUUACUUUUCUCUCGUUUUUCUCAGGCAAUUUUCUUGCAGUUUUCUCUCAUCUGGGUCUUCUUCAUAAAUUGCAUUGUUAAUUUCUUGGUACUUCUUUCUCUUCUGAUCCUUGUACCAUUUAACAUUGCAAAGCUGUUGAAGUUCAUUUCUUAUCUGGGUUCUCUUAAAAACUUGCAUUUCUCAUCUGGGAUUUCCAAUUUUGUGUUCAGUGUUUCAUGGGAUCUACGAACGUUGUAUGAUUAAACUAGCAUAUUGUUGGUGAUGUCUCAUUCCAAAUCAGAGUCUCCUACUUGUUGCUCAACAGCGUCUCCUCCUUCUGCUUCUUCUCUUACUUCUUUAGCUCCAACUGAACUGAAGCUAUAUCAAGCCUUCAUCUUCUCUGUGCCAGUUUUCUUCACCUUCAUUGUCCUCUUCUUUUUCUACUUAUUCUAUCUUCACCGAAGUAGAGUUGAUUGGGCCACUCUGCGAAUGCGAGCUGCGCUACCAGAGAGAAAUGAUAUCGUUAGACAGGUUGAAUUGGGCUUGAAGAAAGAGGUGAGAGAGAUGUUACCCAUUAUCGUAUAUAAGGAGAGCUUCUCUGUCAGAGAAACACAAUGCCCGGUAUGCUUAGGUGACUAUGAAGCGGAGGAGAAGCUUCAACAGAUACCUGCAUGUGGUCACACUUUUCACAUGGAGUGCAUUGAUCACUGGCUUGCCAAGCACACCACCUGCCCUCUCUGCCGCCUUUCCCUUGUCGCAUCUGCUAAAGUUCCGUGUGAAUUACCCAAUAAUCAAAUGGAAACUGGUCAGGCUUCUUCUGUGGCAAGGAAUGAUAAUGAAACAUCUGUUCAAUCUGGGCCAACAGAUUCUUCUGGUGAAUCACAGUCUACCCAACUUUCUGAGCCAAGAAAUGAAGACUCUAGGACUCUUUAUAACAGCGUGGAGGAAGAGGAAAGAAGAACAUCAUGUGCUGAUGAGGGGAGAGAACCUCUUGAUGCAAGGAAUGGAACUGUAGAGAAUGGGAACAUCAGAAGAUCUUCUGCAGCUUCAUCUCAAGCAUGAACUGAAUGGAGCCAAAGCAGUCAUUACAAACUCAUCAACUAUCCUGCUUAAGUGAGAAGAGAUGCUCCAUAAAACCUUCUGAAAUAUGUUCAUAUUGCAGGUACGUACGAGAUCCUUUUCUUGGAGAAGGGGGAGACAUCUUACAAUCACCUCCUAGACGAUGAAUCUCUGAACAUUUCAUCAAUGGUAUGAGAGAAGCAAUCCUUGAUCAGGAUUUCAAUAGUGUAUAAUAAUGAUAUGAUAAGAUAGAAGAUAGUGUUAGAGUUGCCAUUGUAGUGCAGAUAGGUGCCAUAAUAAUCUGGUUGUAUGCCUGCUGUAAUUUUAGGUGUGACUUGUGCAUGAUGUAGAUGAGGAAUGUAGUUGAUAGGGAGUGAUAGAAGUCUAGAAUUUACUGUAAAAUGUUGUUUUGAUAAUCUGAAAGCAGUUUGUUUCCAUU